GACGUCAAAAGGAGCCGAGCACCCAAAACACUGAGUGCAGAUCAAACAGAGAGUCUGAGGAGAGGAGAAACGUGGGGAAACUGGGGCACACGCACAUUAGUGAAACUCGGUGAAAUUUAGGAAGCAUGUGAGAGCUAAGACGGAAAAAGUGCUGAUGGUAGAAGAGUGCACCCUCCCAGGUCCUAAGCGUGACUCCCCCGCCCCCUCUCCCGCCACCCAUCCCUCCACCUCAUCCAUGCUUCAUCUGUGCCCUGUCUCCUCCGUGCUCUGACCCUGUCCCCUCCUCCUUUUCUCUCUCACAUGCCAUCCCUCGCGCAAGGUUUCCCACAGUCAGACCAGGGAGAGCGCAGCGCCUGGAUCGCGUCUCUGCUUCGCUCCGCUUCCCUUUUCCUUCCUCUGCCAACCCUCUGCAAGCUCUCUCUCUCUCUCUGGUUUCCUCUCCGCAGCUAAAAUCCCUCAGCUCGACAUCAGAGGCAAGACGCAAGAGAAGAGAACCAAUGAGGGACUAAAUUGAGAAUCCAAAGAAGAACUGAGUCCUUCUUCUUGUUGGGAUUUUGGCUGCUCUGCAGUCAGUCUUCUGAGAGGAAAGACUGAAGAUGGGAAGCUCAAUCUGAGCACAGAAAGAAGGAGAAAAGGACUGUUUUGCCUUAAAGAACAAAGUGAUGAAGACGGAGCUUCUGCAAGUGAACAAAUAAGGACUUAAUCCACACACAGGAAAACUGCGAAGAACUCCAAAAGUAACAGGAACAGAAGAAAAGGGGAGGAAACAAAGGAAAGGGACUCCGACAAAUCAACAUAUUUUAGAAGAUCUGCCUGAGAGAAUUAAGGUUCUCCUGUCAGUUUAUCUUUUUUCUCCUCAACUGUUUACCUACGAGUUUGCCUGAAGCUCAGCCAUGCAGGUGUCCAUCGCCUGUACGGACCACAACCUGAAGAGGGGCAAUGGGGACCACAGCAAGCAGAGCGCCACCAGCCCCAACGUGGUGAACCAGGCCAGGGCCAAGUUCCGCACUGUGGCCAUCAUCGCCCGCAGCUUCGGCUCCUUCACUCCCCGACACAUCUCCCUGAAGGAGUCGACCGGCAAACACACGGGCAUGAAGUACAGGAACCUUGGGAAGUCUGGGCUCAGAGUGUCGUGCUUGGGACUAGGUACAUGGGUGACAUUUGGAGGACAGAUAACAGACGAGGUUGCAGAGCAGCUAAUGACCAUCGCCUAUGAGAGCGGAGUCAACUUGUUUGACACAGCCGAGGUUUACGCAGGUGGCAGGGCCGAAAUCAUUCUAGGAAACAUCAUCAAGAAGAAAUGCUGGAGGCGGUCCAGCUUGGUGAUCACAACUAAGCUUUACUGGGGAGGAAAAGCCGAGACAGAAAGAGGAUUGUCAAGAAAACACAUUAUCGAAGGUCUGAAAGGUUCCCUACAAAGGAUGCAGAUGGAGUACGUAGACGUGGUUUUUGCCAACCGCCCAGACAGCAACACUCCUAUGGAGGAAAUUGUUCGAGCGAUGACUUAUGUGAUAAACCAAGGCAUGGCCAUGUACUGGGGGACGUCUCGGUGGACAGCCAUGGAGAUCAUGGAGGCGUAUUCGGUGGCACGGCAGUUUAAUUUGAUCCCUCCGGUGUGCGAACAGGCAGAAUAUCACCUCUUUCAGAGAGAGAAAGUGGAGGUGCAACUCCCUGAACUUUAUCACAAAAUAGGAGUCGGAGCGAUGACUUGGUCACCGCUAGCGUGUGGCAUCAUUACGGGAAAAUAUGAAAACGGCAUCCCGGAAUCGUCAAGGGCCUCAAUGAAGUCGUAUCAGUGGCUGAAGGAGAAAAUAGUAAGCGAGGAUGGAAGAAAGCAGCAAGCUAAGCUGAAGGAGCUAAACCACAUUGCAGAGAAGCUGGGCUGCACGCUGCCUCAGCUGGCUGUGGCAUGGUGUUUAAGAAACGAAGGAGUGAGCUCAGUCCUUCUGGGAACAUCCAACCCUGAGCAGCUUACGGAGAACCUCGGGGCCAUCCAGGUCCUCCCUAAGAUGACCUCUCACAUCGUGUCGGACAUUGACCACAUCCUUGGCAACAGACCGUACAGUAAGAAGGACUACCGCUCUUAGAGACGGGGCUGAUGGACCGACAAGAGGUCUACUGACGGCUACCCAACUUCAGUUACACCUUGAACCCUCCUUGGUUCAGAGUUCAGAUCCACAGCUCACUCCUUGGAUGUGCCUAACCAGCCACAGACCACUCUAGCCGGAAAUGGACAACCUUGCUACAUCCGAGCAUUGCAUUCUGUAACUAUCUUCAGUCGAGACUUACGGUUCGAUCAGCUCUACCGCGUUCAUCUCAGGUGCAGUCCAGCUUAGCCAAGUAAAGCUCAGACUUUCCAUGGCCUCAACCGCAGCUUAGUCGAUCAAAACUUUCCGCCACCAAUCAGAGGCAUUUGCUACUCGGCUAGCGUGCAAAGAUACAGAAAUAGAACUAUGCAGAGAUCAGAGUAGCUGAGAUCCAAUCGCAUGCUUAAAUUAUUGAAACACUAGAACCACUGUUAGAAAAGGUUAAAGUUCUGAUACUCAUUUAUGCCGAGACUUUAACAUGUUCACUGCUACAUCUCAUUUUUAGAGAUACUAGACUCGUCAUUAACUCCAGCUGGUUCAUGAAGACGAAGAGGCAUUGUAGAGCUAUUUAAAAUUAAAGUGCCUUUUUUAAGUGCACCUUGAUAACUCAUCAGAAAACAUAUAAGGCUUGUUUUAACAAUUCAUUUAAGCACAAAAUUCAUACUGUUUCAUAGCAAAGUACUCCAGUAGAAGCACCUUAUGUAUAGAAAUUAGACAAACCUCAAAUGAGUAGAGACCUCAGAUGCAUGCUGAACAAAUCCCUUAUUCAGACCUUUUAUUAAUAUGCCGAGCAGAGUAGCAAAAUAAAUUACCAUAAGCUCUUCGAACUCUCACCUCCUUUGUCAGAGGUGCCUGCUAAAGUCCUGGGAUGAAACAUCUUCCAGUCUUUACCAACAGCAAGGUGACUCCCUCACACUUUCUGCAAAAACAAGCUUUAUGAAUAUAGAUAAGACCUCGACACUCAUCGGCUCGACUCGUCUUUAAAAUGCCUUCUAAACGCAACCGAUCCCUAUAUUUACAGUAGGCUAACAAGUAGAUAUUUCUGGCUGCAGAUCCCUGAGUAUAGCAACAACCAGAUGCAUGUUUCUCUGCUACAGUGUGCCUCCUUCUUCUUUUUGAUAAGUUUUUGAUCAGAAAUGCUGCAAGCUUGUCUGCUCUAUGACUGAUGAAGUAAGAGGAUUGUGGUACCAGAAAGAAAACGGGGGGGAAAAAAGAACUGGACUCGAGUAGAAAAGGGCAAACGUGAAGCAUGGCGCCCUCGUGUGAAACCUUUAAGGAACUGCAGACAUCUUCCACAAAAUGGAGACAAGUAAAACAUGCGGAUUGCUGAGCUUAAAGUCACAGAUGGAAAAAAAAGUAUUUACUUGUGAACUGAAGCAGCAUCGCUGAUUUCUUCAAAGAGCUUUGACUUUAUUAAUGGAAACUAUUUAAGAUAUUUGAGGGGGAAAACACUGGUCUAAACUACAACAUGAUGGAAUAAGCUUGUCAUGUGUGGGAAAUAAUUGUUCUAAACUGCUUAUAGAAUCUAAAAAUCUAUUUUGACAUUUGAAGAAAAAAUAGCUUGUUUGAGGAUGUUACAUGUAUAUAUAGAGGUUUAAGGCUAAUCUUGUUACAUAGGCAAACUACAAGAAGCCUGUCUUGCAUAUGAGGGCUUUCCUGUACUAUACGAGAAAUCUAUAAAUGAGAUGUAAAUAGAAAUAUUUUAUUGCUCACUGCACAUCACAGAGAUUUCAUCGUCCUCGCUCAGAGUGAUUCGACAGCUGCAAAGUCUUCACUUUUCUCUCCUCAAGGAAAUCCAAAUGUAGUACGGAUUGUUUCCCAUUUGUGAAGUUAACUAUGAACUGACCUGAAUCAGCUUUUACUUGGGUAUGUAACAGGUUUAAUGAUGAACACCAAACUCAUGUCGUAA